CGUCUUUUCCUCUUGCCAGUGCCCCGUUUUCCUCCCCUCCCCCUCGCCGCUGACCGAGUCCUUCCUUUUCCGACCGGCUCGCCUGGUUUUCGCCUCGGAGCUGUCGGGUGCCGCUGUCGCCGUCGUCACCGCCACCCGCUGGGCUCAGUGGCCCCGACCCCCCCCCUUCCCGCCGCCCCAGCCCCGCACAAGAUGUCAGAGGAUCUAGCAAAACAGCUAGCCAGCUACAAAGCUCAACUCCAGCAAGUAGAAGCUGCAUUGUCUGGAAAUGGAGAGAAUGAAGAUUUACUCAAACUAAAGAAAGAUUUACAAGAAGUUAUAGAACUAACGAAAGACCUUCUGUCAACUCAACCUUCUGAAACUCUUACAAGUUCAGACAGUUUUGCUUCUAUCCAGCCUACUCAUUCAUGGAAAGUAGGAGACAAAUGUAUGGCAAUCUGGAGUGAAGAUGGACAGUGUUACGAAGCGGAGAUUGAGGAGAUAGAUGAAGAAAACGGCACUGCUGCAAUCACCUUUGCUGGCUAUGGCAAUGCUGAAGUAACACCAUUGUUGAAUCUCAAGCCUGUAGAGGAAGGAAGGAAGGCAAAGGAGGACAGUGGCAGCAAACCCAUGUCAAAAAAAGAAAUGAUUGCCCAGCAGCGUGAAUAUAAAAAGAAGAAAGCUCUGAAGAAAGCUCAGAGAAUAAAAGAACUUGAGCAGGAAAGAGAGGAUCAGAAGGUGAAAUGGCAACAAUUCAACAACAGAGCAUAUUCUAAAAACAAGAAAGGCCAGGUAAAGAGGAGUAUUUUUGCUUCACCUGAGAGUGUGACUGGCAAAGUUGGAGUAGGGACUUGUGGAAUUGCUGAUAAACCUAUGACGCAGUAUCAAGAUACCUCUAAAUACAAUGUCAGGCAUUUAAUGCCUCAAUAAGAAAAACUGUUGGAUUUCAUCUCCACAGGGCUUUACAUUUACCUUUUUAUCCUUAUAUUUUUCUAAAGGUAAAUUAUUUGUUAGAUGAGUAAGGAAGAUGAUGCCGUUGUUGUUUUUGUCUGACUUAAUAGAAUGAAACUUGAAGAAAUUCCAUCUGAUAACUGCUAUUCACUUAACUUUUUUAUUACUACUACACAAUUUCCUCCAAGUUUGUUGGUUAAGCAACCUUUCUAGAUAGAUGGUGCAUAAAUACAGCACUUAAAUGAAUUGGUUUUCCUGAUAUCAGUUACCCAACUUAAUGGAUGAUAACAUUUUUUUUUUUUAAGUUAUAAGUUGGAAUUUUCAGAUACUUUAAAAAUUUGCCACAUAUUCUAGCAAUUCAAUGGAAAACAUCAAAGCAAAACGGAACCAGCUAAAAAGAUCUUUUUAAUCCUUCGAGUUAAAACUAUUCAUUACCUAGGUUGGUUUGUAAAUGGCAGUUUCUCUUUCAAUGACUUACUUCCUAUUAAGUCAUCUUUCAAGUGGAUCCAGCUCUAUAUUCAUUUCAUUAAGUUUGGUUUUAUGUAAGAAACCAUGUUUAGGAACAGUUCUGGACAGGCUUUUGGGGUGGUUUGUUUUGGUUCUUGUGUGUAUGUUUGCUUUCUUCCUGCGUUGACCUUUACUUAAUGGUAGUGGUACCAGUUUUUGGAUGUGUAAUGUUUAUAUGAGAAAACAAAAAGAUGAUGUAUAGCCCUGUAUACACUGUAGAUAAUAUUUUUGUAAAAAAAAAAAAAACAAAAAACAAAACAAAAAAAAAGCCAAGGCUGAAUUAAUGAACAAGAGUACUGAAUAUUUCAUCAUUAAAAUUUGACUGUAUUUCUUGUGCAUUAAUCUGACCAUAGUCUCCCUGUAUAUUAUGUUCAUGUAGCUGAGUUUGUAAUUUUUGUUAACUAGAUCAAGUUGUCAGCAUUUGUUGGUGUAAGUGAACAUUACAGUUACAUCCUGAGUUUAGUUUAAACCAAAUAUAUGCAUAGAAAAGCAUCUUCCAAUUAAUGGAAGAUGAGGAUUUUUAGGACGCGUGUUAAUUUUAGUUUUUGUAUGUUUAACUUUUACUAAAUAAAAUGUUUCUAAACUCUCCAGGGUGUGUUCACAAAAUUUAGCUGCCAACAGUGAUCUAGUGGUUAAGCCUCAUUGUACUUGCACACAUCAUUUCCAUGGAAGAGGAUUGAGUGUGUGAUAAAGGUUUCCAUAAUUCUUUUGUACACUUUCCAAUAAACUUAAAUUGGGUCUUAGAGGACACACUAGUUUUAUAUAUUAAGGACUGUGUUGUAUAUAGAGAUACUUGUAAAUUUUUGGUAGAAGGGCAAAAUAAAGAUUUUAUUUUGUGAAUUAAAA